GUUCUUCCUCUGUCCAGAUCUCGGCCUGGCUUGCUGGAUCGCCCCCCUCCAGCGCUCUUGUCCGGACUCUGACCUACUGUAUCAUCCAGCCCGCAUCCACGUCUCCAUCCACAUCUACCUCCGCAUCUACAUCUACAUCCGCGCCAACCGACUCGCUGCCUGUCGCUAUGGUCAAGAGUCUCCAGUCCCGGGUCUCGUAUUCCAUUCCUGGUCCAGGCCCGCUCAACGCCCACUCUCGAGGCAUCAAUGCCCUGGCCCUCGAUCUUACCACCCCCGUCUCGCCGACAUUCUCCAACCCUGCCUCUGGCAUCCUAUACACUGCUGGUCGCGAUGGUCUCAUCCAUGCCUGGGAUCUAAACAUAGACUUCAAGGCCUCCGAGGCCAAUCUGCGCGAGCGUGAGCGGGCCAUGCAGCAGAGGAGCAUGCGCACCUCCAUCUCCACCUCCAAGAGCAAUCUGAACCAUCGCGCCUCAGUAUCAUCAAAGCGGUCGUCGGUCCUCCAGCCCCGGCAUCUCCACGACAAUGUCGACCACACCCUCUUCUACUCGCCCGAACUGAUGCCCGAGAACGCCGAUCGAAUCGACGAUGCUUCCGUCCCGCCCCUCGACAUCUCCGGCAUUGCCAGCGAGGCCGGCUUCCAUCUUCACCCAUCAUCGCACAGGGCCCAGCCGCUGGCCAUCAACACCUCGCCCGCGGCCCGUUUGAACCACGGUAGCCUAUACGACUCGCCCCAGACUGGGCUCGAGAAACGUACGGCCUCGGGCUCCUACGACGACCAAUGGAGCUUUCGCACUCACGGCGGCCUGCUCCGCAAAACCCGCAGCGUCACCUUCACCGACCCCUCGCUCCCUAUGGCAAGAACCAUGUCCAAGAGCGGCUCCUCUGCGGCUGUCGAGAAGAUGGCUCUGUCGCCAAAGUUCGAGAUGUACGUCCCUCCGGCAGCAACCCAUCGACAGGUGUUUCAGCAUCACAGCGACUGGGUCAACGACAUUGUGCUCUGCAAUGAUAAUCAGCAGCUAAUCUCGGCCUCGAACGACCGUCUGAUCUAUCUUCGAUCGUGCCACUCAAGCGGCGAUCCCGUUCGGAUUGGAUUUCAUGCCGACGCCGUCAAGCGGCUGGCUUACCCACGCGAGCGGAAUUGGAUCGUCUCGGGCGGACUCGACCACUGUGUUGUUCUUUGGGAUCUGAACGAGGCUCGUGGAGCCAUCAACAGCAUAGCUGUGAACACUUUCCGCCACAUCUCCAAGGAGACGAAUCCCCAGUCCUCGGUCUAUGCCUUGGCAACGAAUCCCUCUGGGAGUGUUAUUGUCUCGGGGGCGCCUGACAAGAUUGUCCGAGUAUGGGAUCCUCGAACCAAUGGAAAUAAUCCGCUUGCCCUGCCUGGACACACGGACAACAUCAGAGACAUUCUUGUGAGCGACGACGGCCGAUGGGUCCUCUCGGCCUCGAGCGAUACAACGAUCAAGCUGUGGUCGCUCGCUGCCCCCCACCGCUGUGUUGUCACGUAUACCCACCACACCGAAUCGGUCUGGGCCCUCGCCUCGAAUCAUCCCAACCUCGAGACGUUCUGGGCAGGAAGUCGCGAUGGAUUGGUGACCAAAUUCAACAGGCGCCGACUCGGCGCUGGCGGCCCGGAAGAGGAGCUGGUGGAUUGCGUGGCUGUAUGCAAGGAGAAUGGACCAGUGUCCAAGAUCGCCGCCAUCGACGAUAUGUAUCUAUGGACGGCAACCCCACAGUCGUCAGUCAAUCGAUGGCGGGAUAUACCACUGCAUGUGGCCACUGUCGAGGUUUCGUCGCCGACCACCCACGAAGACCAUCCCGAGGUGAUCAUCAUCCCUCCGUCAAGCAUCAUCCACCAGCAUCCCGUCAUCUUCAACGAUGCCGCCAGCUGGGAUACGCGCCUUCGCUCUGCUUACAGCACCGAUGAUGGCGCGAGCUUCCGAACAGGGCUGGCAGGUACCUUUGCUCCCUCCGGCAUGGUCGGACUUGACGAAAACGACAGUGCCGAGAGCCUCAUCGAGCCUGUUUGGAGAAUGCCAGACUCGACCAUCCAGGGAAAGCCGUACUUUACAGAUGCCGUUCUCUUGAAUAGCCGUCGCCAUGCCGUAACCAAGAACUCGGCUGGAGACGUGUGUCUUUGGGACAUCUUGACCUGCCAGAUGAUCAAGCAGCUCGGUCAAAUGGAUUUGAAAGAAGCCAUCGAGCGCGAAAAUACCAUCGAGUGGAUCCCGAGCUGGUGCGCAGUUGAUAUAAAGAACGAUUGUCUCACCGUCCACCUAGACGAGUCACGGUGCUUUGACGCUGAGCUCUACGAUGACCAAGUAGAUAUCCCCAGCGUGCCUGGCGAUGAAGAUCAUCGAGUGAACCUGGGCAAGUGGAUCCUGACGAAUCUGUUCCUGUCGUAUGUCAAAGAGCACCACCGUCCGCAUCCUGCGAUCCCCACGCCUCUGGCCCAGCCCUUGCAGCCGACAGGAGGACUGGCACCCUCGCCUCAGGCCGGUGCUGCCUGCAAUACAGCAUCCGUAUCUCCGCCGCCAUCCACCAAACUGCUCGCACCAGCUACCCCGUCCACCCGAGUCUCGACCGACAGCAACGCCUCGGAUCUGUCGAGCGGCGGUGAAGAGCCAGUCCGACAGCCCAAGCGAACUCCGCUCACGCUCAAUGUGUCGACCCAACCUCUCAACCCCGACGGCGACAAAGCCAGUAUCAGCAAUCCAACCACCCCGACUGGCGCUCGCCCAGGCAAGAACAAACUCAGCGACACAUCUGGCAAUGUCUCGGACGCCUCUGACUCGAGCGUGUCGACCACGGACAAGCUGAAGCGCAAAGUCAGCAACCUUGCACAGAGUCUGACGCGCAAGGCGACUUCUUCGUCGGCAUCGAGCUUGGACGAGGUCGGCGACUCAGGCGAAGAGUCUAGCCUCUCGCAAAAGAUCAAGUUCCGGAUCCGCAGCCGCACGGCGUCAAGUGGACGAGUCAAGAAGGGAUCUGGGCUCGCCACCCAAAAGGAAGCCGGGCCAGCGCACCUGGGCUUGACUAAGGAGAGCUCGCAGUCCACCGACACCCGCUCCACACCAAAGCCACUGGAGGAGAAGCUACCGUCCCCUGUUCCUGAGGAGAGCUCUCCAACAUCAAAGACCACACCCCAGACUGACCCACCGCCUUCGAGCCAGACACAAUCACAGCCGCCAGCGGGUGGCCCUUCCCAAACCACGGAUGCAUCUGAUGCUGGCUCGCGGAGGCGGUCCGAGGACGAACCAAAGUCGCAGGCGCAACCAUCGGCGCAGGCGCAGUUCCAGCACGAUCGAGCCCUGCGUAGAAGCAUCGAUAGCAACAUUCCCAGCGCUCGCAGCACCCCUCGAAGCACUUCCUUGACUGAGCCCGUUCGCAGCUCGUCAAGAGGCCGCGUACCCUCCAUUACCCAUGAGCAGGUUGGAUUGCCUCCCCCCGACAAUGUUGAGAGCAGAUCACAGGGCUGUGUACGAACACAGUGGGUCCGUCUCGUUGCUGCGGGGCACCGCUCGAAUACUCACUGAUAUGAAUCCUCCUCCUUUCACUAUGCUCGCCUCUUUCCGAGUGCAUUUUGCAGGUGGCCGACCACAUCGACCACCGAGAAACACCGAUUCUC